AUCACAGUGAAGCACACAUAUAUCUCCCCAAUGAAUUCAAACUACUCAAAGAUCACAUUAUUCUACAAACAGACCAAUACUUAAAAUACUCUCAAAUACCACUAAGAUCCUACUCUGAAUACACUACACCUAAUACAGUGCCAGAUAUCUUUAUAUCAACACCAGCACUUACAUCUGAA